AUGUCCGAUUCGGCGGUCUUCACUGCAUGGCUCAAAGAAAAGGGCGGCACAUUUCAUAAAUCUGUCCAAUAUGUUCAAGUUCCAUCUGGAUACUCAAUCCUUGCAAAAGAAACACUACCUGCAGAUUCCACCAUAGUAUCUUGCCCUUUCGACCUUGUGAUCACCAAAUCAAUCGCACUCAAAGCUCUCUCCAGGCUUUUACCUACCCAAAAUCUGUCGAAUUGGUCUGAACGGCAAUGCAUCUCGUCGUAUCUGUGCUUUCAUCAGAUCAUAGACGAAGAUCACAGCUACAUUCCAGAGUUGGCUCACAGACCCUAUGUGAAUACCCUACCAUCGCGUGAAAAGUUGCGUACCGGACUACACUUUUCUCCACUGGAACUCGAGAUGUUCAGAGGAACGAACAUGUAUGGCGCGAUUGUGGAUCGCGAGAAGGAAUGGCGGUGCGAGUGGGAAGCAUGUCGCACAGCCGUCUCGAAUGUGGAUAGCAGAUGGGGUGACCUGUUCACCUGGUCAGUCGCUUACUUCGUUAUCAACGCAAGGGAUCUAUUUUUGGCGUCAGCGACACAUGUAUCCUCUCGCGCCUUCCCGUCUUCAAUAUUGUCCCGUAAUCCCACCCUGCAGUCAUCGCCGUCCACAGAGCCCGUCUUACUGCCAGGUAUUGACUCUCUCAACCAUGCUCGCGCGCAGCCGGUCUCCUGGGUAGUCACACAUGACGCUGAUACAGAGAAUAUAUCCCUCGUCAUCCACACAUCCGCUAGUGCCGGCGAGGAACUCUUCAAUAACUACGGUGCUAAGCCUAAUUCCGAGUUUAUCCUUGGCUACGGUUUCAGUCUCCCGAACAAUCCGGAUGAUACCAUCGUACUCAAAAUUAGCGACAAAAAAUGGGAAGUUGGCCGUGAGGCGAAAGGUGCCGAACAAGUGUGGGACGCUUUCCUGUCAUUCGUUUCCCAAAACCCGGUGCCGGACUACGAGGACUGGCUUGAAGCAGCAGCUGCUCUUGAUGACGCGGUCCAUCAGUUAAUGGAACAGCUGCCAGCGGAGAAAGGCCCUUCAGCCCGGCUUGAAAUGCGUCCUGAAGUAAUGGCUAUGUUGCAUGACUAUAUUGAAGGCCAGCGAGACAUCUUGCAGUCCCUCGUCGAAUUUUGCGAGACAAAAAAGCAGCUUGCGGUUGAAAUGGCCAAGGCUGAAGGCAUUGACCUAGUUUUUGACGACGAUGACUGA